CUGUGCCAAGCAUUGGAUCAAUCGCUCUUAGACAACAUAGCGACUAGUCUUGAUCUGAGAUUUGACGUGUUAAACAACCUUAUUGGUGGAUGCCAAGUUCGUUUAACUUUCACGAACAAAGGUCGCCGUGUUAUAAGUGGUGAUAACUGGACAGUUUAUUUUAACUCCAUAAGAAAAAUCAUUCCCGGUUUUACACCUCGGAUAAAGAUGGCUGUGGUUCACAUUGAUGGUUAUCUCCACAAACUGACGCCUACCAGACAUUUCCCAAGUUUACUGCCUGGUAAAGAACUGAAAUUAGAUCUUAAAGCUGAAUACUCAAUUGUUUCUAAAACCGACGUUAUGCCAAACUGGUACGUGGUCGCUCGUGGUUUGGAACCAAGAAUAAUCCACAGCACUGCAGGAGAAAGUAUGAAAUUUGUGGGCCCGUUUGACACUCCCUCUAAAUGGAAACGCUCAGGACAAGAUAUGUAUGAUCCCUUCACGCCAGAGAAACGGUUCGACAAUAUCAAAGUCAACGAUAUUCGCAAGGCUGGAAACCUUAUAUUACCCACUCCUUCGGCACUCAAGGUUAAAAGUAUAUCAGAAAAAGUGAACUUACGUUGCGGAAAUUGGAAUAUAAUUGCCAGUAGAAGUUUAGUUAAUGAAGGUCAAUACUUAGCAGGUUCGUCGAUGCAUUAUUAUUAUUAUUGUUGUUGUCGUUGUUGUUGUUGUUGUUGCUGUUAAGAUCAUCAUCAUCAUCAUUUAUUUUGGGGAAUGUAGUGGUGAGAGCACUCUCCUUCCAACAUUUUCUGCCAGUUUUCAAAUCCCGGCGUCGACACCAUAAGUAGGCGGAGUUUGUUGUCGGUUCUCUCCUGCGUUCCGAGGGGUUUUUCUCCAGUACCCCUGUUUUCCACUCUCCUCAAAAACCAACUUUUCCAAAUUGGAGUUUGACCAGCUAGGAAUCAGGUAGACGAAGAAACACUAUUUGAAUGAGCUACCUCUAAAUCUUUAUUUAUUUAUUUAUUUAUAUAUUGCACACGUUCCAUUGGAAUAUGUCUUGGUCAUUGAAGACCAAGCAAAACUGGUCAACAAAGACAAAAAAUGUACAUGGAGAUAAAUUUAUGACCUAUAACUGACCAUUGCCUUCUAGAUAAGAGGUAGAAUUUACCAAUACUAAUCCCUUCACAGGAAAACUUAACAUACCAGUCAUGAAAUCCUCAAAGUCAAGAAAGUUUAUCGAACUCAAGAUUGGUACAGUGUACAUAGGGGAUAAGAAGAGCGAAUGCGAUGAAGCUUACAAUUUGAAUGUCGAUCCUCAGAAACUGGUCAUUCGAAUUGUUGGUAAUACACCAAAGGCUGUGUUCUGGGGAAUUCAGUCGCUUUUAAGUAUGUUGAGCGAUGGAGAGGUACCCUGGGUUACCAUUGAGGACUCACCAAGAUAUGAGUAUCGAGGACUGAGUAUAGAUGUGGCUAGAAACUUCCUUCAAAAGAAUGAAGUUAUGAGGAUACUCGAUGGCAUGGCUAUGUUUAAAAUUAACAAACUCCAUCUUCAUCUAACGGAUGAUGAAGGUUGGCGGCUGGAGAUUCCUGGACUAACAGAGCUCACUGAAGUAGGUGUACAAAUUUAAGAGGUUGGUGGGGUGUGACAGAUCAGAGGGACAAAAGCUAGGAGAAAAGGAAAGAGUCGUCAUGCAUUGUAGAAACCAGCUGAAGCGACGACAAAAGAUUAUUCCAAAUGUUAUUUGCCAAAGUUUAUUUUCUCAAGUUUUUGAAAGGACCUUGGAAAUCCAGCAAUGGCCAUGUUAAAACAAAUUUUGCUAUCCUGGGUCUGAUACAUGAUGGUGACAAAAGAAGAGACAACUUUACUUAAAAGACUUUUUUGUUUCUCUUCGCCUAAAUUUUUCAAAAAUGUAUCUCAUAGUUACUUACAGUCAAACCGCCCAUAAGACGCACUAAAAUUGGAGGCCUGCCGGGCUCCUUUGUGCCGUCGUUUACCACGUUUGACUAAAGGACAGAGCCAAGUAUCCAGGCUUUACAGAUGUGUCCAAAUUCUAGCCUAGAGAUUAGUUUAAAAUUGGUAUCUUCAGGACCAAAACGUCGCCCCAUGUGAUGAAAUCGGGAUUCCGGAAUCAGGGUAAUUUUUGCUUGUGAUAUCUGGAAUCCUGGGCUUUGGAUUCCGGAAUACAGCUCAAGGAACCCAUUGAAAAACCAGGAAUCCAGGUUUCACUGAAAAAGAAUCCGGAAUCCAGGACUGCCUUGGAUUCCCUUACAUGGGGCAAAAAAACAAAGUUUUCAAAAUAGAGGGAUCUCCUGUACAAAGGUAGGGAACUUUGAAACCAACAAUGCAUAAGGAGAACUUUGAUCGUAAUUAUUGCUUAACUCCUAGAUUGCCUCCCAACGGUGUCAUGACCUUCAAGAGAAGCAUUGCAUUGAGCCUCAGUUAGGGUCAGGUCCCUUUAACAACACCUCUGGCACCGGUCAUUACUCAGUAAAGGACUAUCAAGAAAUUUUGACAUAUGCCAAACAAAGGCAUAUUGACAUUAUACCAGAGUUUGAUCUCCCUGGUCAUUCGCAUGCCGCCAUUACAGCCUCGGUGAACCGAUACAGAAAAUACUUUGAUAUGGGCAAAUCUGAGGAUGGAUUGAAAUUCUACUUGAAUGAUCCGGAAGACAAGUCAUUUUACGAAUCAGGUCAAUUCUUCCGCAACAAUUCUGUAAAUCCAUGCUUGGAGUCAACCUAUAAUUUUGUAGAAGAGUUGAUUUUACAAGUGCAAGCUAUGCACGCAGAGAUUCAGCCGCUCAAAGUCAUCCAUUUUGGAGGAGACGAAGUCCCUCAGGGUGCUUGGGCGCUCUCCCCUGCUUGUCGACGACUGUCUGUGAAGACAAAUUCUCCAUAUCAGGGCUGGAAAGCGUAUUUUAUCAAACGUGUUACUAGCAUUGCGGCAAAAUAUGGCUUAAAUCUUGGACUGUGGGAAGAUGGAUUGCUGGAUGCAACGUUUACACCACUAACGCGAAGUGAAUUGAGGAGCGAUGUGGUUUAUGGUUACGCCUGGGGAAACACCAAGAAUCUUGGAUAUAGACUGGCUAAUGCUGGUUACAAGGUCAGUUGAUGAUCCGGCUCCUCAAGAGUUCCCAUGCCCGCUGUUUUUUUUUUAUUAGAAUCUGAUGAUGUCAAUCUUUGAACAUUUUUUUAUUGUGCAUACUAAACAAGGGCACCCAACGAGAAUACAGUUCAAAACCACUUAAACAUAGCACUGUUUAACGUAUUUUAGUAUUUAAACGGCAGAUAUAGGCAUAUUUUUAUCCCCUAAAAAUUCUUCAAUUGCUCUGAUUUCCUAGCUGAAAGUCUAUUGAUUCGAAAAUUAUAGGGACCAAAACUUACCUCUUCGAAAAUUUCAGCCAGAAAAAAGGUUUCCGAAAAUUCCAGGUGACCUUUUUAGGGUAAAAAUCCGUUAAAAAUGGUCAAUUAUACCAUUUUUUUAGAUGUUCGAAAAUCCUAGGAGAGGCAGGAAAGCAAGAAAUUUUACAACAAAUGUUCCAAAAAUUCUAGAUCUCAAAUUGUCUUCCGAACAGAUAUUUUCCGAAAAUUGACGUUGGGUGCCCCUGAGCUCUGCGCAACUGAAAUGACCAAAUUUUAAGUUUACUUGAUAACGAGAACGGCAAGGCGAUAAAUUCUACACCAUCUAUUUCUGAACUCUGGCCUGGUCCCGUCUCUUCAACUCCUUAUUUCCUGGUUUUGUUCCUUGAAAUGGGCGCUGAGGAACUCAACAUUGUUUACAAAAGGGGAACAAUCGAGCUGCAUUUGUAAAUUUUUAUAAACCCUUCGCCCAUUAGGUUGUAAUGACGCAGGCCUCUCAUCUUUAUUUUGAUCAUCCUUAUGAGCCGGAUCCUGAAGAGAGAGGUUUAUACUGGGCCACAAGAUAUACUGACACUCGGAAAGCUUUUGGUUUCAUGCCUGAACAUCUGUACGACAGCUUGGAGAGUGAUGGAAACGGGAUGCCAAUCAAUGACUUCUGCAGCACGGCGGGUGAUUGUGUGAGACCAAAUAAACUUCAAAACAUUGUUGGUUAGUUGAAAAUACCAGAAAGCUAGUUCCUAAAACUCAUUUAGGUGGAGAAAUCACCACCCUGAAGAAGGUUUUGAGAUCGGAUAGUACUUAAAUGUAAUUACUUUACAAAAAGUUCCCUCGCUGCCUUUCUCAGUGUUUAGCUAUUCUAGCUAUUCUGUUGAAACACUCCUAGUGUUUGAUAUUACUUCUCCAUGUUUAGAUAUCAGAUGAAACACUUCUUCUUGUGUUUGGUAUAUUACUCGGCUUAGGUAACAGACAUUUUUUAUCAGAUGAAACUCUAUUUAUAUUUAGUUUAUUACUUUCGAUAUCAGAUGAAACACAGCCUCUGUAUGGGUAUUUGCGACGAAAUCGAAGCAGCGACUAUUUGAGAUUAAAGCGACGAUCGCAUUGCCAUUCCACUCAUUUGGUGCGAUGACGGCAAUGAAAGCUGUCAAAAAAUGUGCUACUGACACAAUUAGAGUUUUUGCCGUCGUCUAUGUGGUUGUCCUGAGGUCGCUAGUAGCGUUACCACGCAAAACAAUUGUUGAUAUGCGACGAUUAUGCGUGAAAAACGGACGAUUUGAUGGAAAACGAGCAACGAAACCGACGUAGGGAUGUGCCCUGGAUGGGGAGAUUUUCACGACUGGAUUGACUAUGACGGAUCAAUUUUUUGAAGUGAUUAACUAGAAUGGGGUCAAAUUUUCGACGGAUUUUUGGGGGCAAACGUGGGAUUCAAAAUGGGAAUAUUUCUUUUAAAAAUCAUUCAGUGUUGUUGUUUAUUAAAUUUAAAAAACGGCUCCCAUUGACCGCAAAAAAUUCAAUCGAAAAACAUUGAUAAGAUAGAUGCAUAAAAAGAAAUUGUCUAAAAAUUUUGGGGGGAAAAUUACAUUUUUAAAUUUCUCUAAGAUAGGGUCUUUAAUUUUCCAAAAAUAGACUAUAACGGGGUAGGACUUUCUUACAGACAAAUGUACAUACCCAGGAAACAUUAAAAAGUGGUUCUAGGUCCCGGGGAUUGCAUGGAAAACGCCCUCAAAUCUUUUUCAGUAGGUGCCCUUAGGAAUGAAGACUUUAGUUUUCAAAUCCUUAUUUUUCAGAACAGCCAUUUUACAGAAGUGAUUAAAUAUCUAAUACAAAAUAUAUCUCACGCCUUCUUCGUUUGAUAUGUUACCUCCGUGACAAAAUAUAUACAUGAUGAUUUAAAUGAAACACUCCUUCUUGAGUUUGAUAUGUUACCUCUCAGUGUUGAAAUAUCAGAUGAAACACUCCUUAUUGUGUUUGAUAUAUUUGAUAGUUACAUUGUAUUGGUGUUUGGAUAUCAGAUGAAAUAUUCCCUCUCGGGUAUAAUAUAUUACCUCUCAUUGUAUAGAUAUCAGAUCAAAUACUCCUCACUUGAGUUUUUUAAAAAAUUACUCCUCGGUAUCUGGAUGUUGUUUGAUAUAUAACUUUUUAAAUAUUAGCUUUUGAUACCUAGCCGCCCAGCACUAGCUUCGUUUCUCCAGAAUCAAUGUUUGUUCCUACAUUUUGUAGGUAUGUCAGGAUCCGUCUGGUCAGAAACAAUAAGAACCCCGUCACAAUUUCAGUCAAUGAUAUUCCCAAGAAUUCUUGCUGUGGCGGAGAGAGCCUGGCAUAAGGAUGAUUGGGAGGACGAAAGGAAUAAAUCACAGAGAAACUGGAUGAGGAAAGCAAGUUGGGAAAAGUUUGCCAACACCCUGGGUUACAAAGAACUGUCGCGACUGGACAACCUGGGAAUAAAUUACCGCAUUCCUCUACCAGGUGCCAGGUAUACCCUUUUGUUUUGUUUAAAAUACUGACAUAAGUAUGGAUACAGAUGAUACCAGUUGUAUUUGUAUCUCAUUUUAAUCACGUGAUGACCAACGACAACUUUUAAAAUUCCUUUUCAAGGGUUGGUCAACAGCAUUACAGUGCAUGCAAAGUCCUGCUCAAGGAACCCUUGUUGUUACAACACAAUUACGAUUUUAAGAAUUUAACUAAUUUAAGUCAUUGGGCCCUUCAAAUUUCUCAACUGUCUUUGCCUGGGGAGGCAUUUCCUGAUUUCGAGAAAGUAGAUUGUAGAAUUAACUAACUGUGUUUUGUUUAGAGCGCAUGUCAUUAAUAAGAGACGUCCGAGAUAGGAUAGCUAGCGCGCUGUUGCGAUGGAUGUUUUACAAAGCGAAUAAUAAUACUGUUAAUAUCAGUGAACUUUUACGUAGUAUAAUCUAACAUUUUUUCUUCAUGCUUGCCACACUUGAUGGAUUAUGAACAUUCCUAACAGCCAGAAACAUAUUCAUACUCUUGUUUUCUCUUUUCCAAUUUUUAGAAUCGUCGAUGGUGUCCUCAAAGCAAAUGUAGCAUUUCCUGGUCUCAAGGUUGAGUACAGUAUCGAUGAUGGUAAAACUUGGUUUGAUACCAAAGGAGCAAAUGUCACCAGCGGUAAAUUACUUCUAAGAACUAGGUAA